AUGAGCACGUCAUCUACCAAUCAGACCGUGGCCAUAAACUAUCGAGACGCUUUAACCAAUUUUGUGCCAAAGAACUUGAUUGUUGUGGUUCUCUGCAUCUCCAUCAACUACAUCAAUGUAGCACUGAUGCAAACAUUUUCCAAAAACCGGAUUUUCUACAUGAAUCCACGGUACAUCCUGUUUUUCCACCUGGUACUCAACGAUAUGAUCCAAGUAACACUGACCGUCAUACUGUUUGUCAGCAGCUACAUCUUCUUCCAGAUAAAUGUCUCUGUCUGUUGUGUGCUCAUCCUGCUUGCUCUUUUUGCCACUGAAAACACCCCUCUGAAUCUGGCUUGCAUGGCAGUGGAGUGCUACAUUGCCAUCUGCAUCCCUCUUCGUCACGUCCAAAUCUGCACGGUCAAAAGGACGUUAAUGCUGAUUGGGUUAAUUUGGAUGACCAGCAUGCUGUCUGUUCUUCCUGAUCUCUUCAUCACCUUGGCCACAGUGCCACUGGGUUUCUUUAGUUCUCGUGUGUUUUGCCUCAGAGAAACAGUGUUUCAAAAUCCCCACAUCAUAAAGAAGAGAGAUAUCACCUAUAUAGUCUAUCUGGUUAUUGUCUGGUUUAUUAUCUUUUUUACGUACUUCAAAAUCCUGUUCACCGCAAAAACAGCAAGCCAAGAUGCUACAAAAGCCAGAAAUACAAUUAUUCUCCAUGGUUUUCAGGUGUUGUUGUGUAUGUCAAUGUAUGCUGAACCCCUACUGAAACAGGCCCUACUGCAGUGGUUUCCUCAAUAUUAUUCAAAUUCCCUUUUUGCUUGUUAUAUUAUUUUCCAGAUCCUGCCACGAGCAAUUAGUCCAAUAGUCUAUGGAGUAAGAGACAAAACUUACAGGAAGUACCUGAAAAGAUAUCUGUUGUGUAAAAUGAGCUCCUAGGAAUUAUAUUUCUAAUCUUUACACAGAGGGAAAUAUUUGUUUAAUAUAAGAAUUGUUACACAUAAGUUUAACUAAUGAAGCAGUAUGUAAAGAUCAGGGUAUCGCAUGCAUAUCAAUACUUUUCUGGAACAUUAGAUUGUAAAUAAAGAUUGAUGUACCCACAAAUUGGUUUCUGUAACCCUCGGUGUGAAGCCUCAACAUUAGCGUAUUGGAUUUAUCAACAUAUGAAAUGUUACAUAUGUUAGAAGAAGAAACAAAACGCUCAUAUUCUGCACUGUUGUGGUCUUUGGAAUAUU